CAUGUUCACUUUGGUCUUUACUGCAGGCUUUGCUGAACGGAUCAUACUGUGUUGAAGAGGACAAUAGAUGCUGUGUUAACCUUUGCCUUAUGAUGCUUUCUGAUGCGAUCACAGCUAUCACACAACUACACAGUAUGUGUCAUCGAAUUGAUGAUAUCAUGAAGCUGUGUUGUGAGUUAUCUGCCAAUCAGCAAAUCCAGACCACAGUGAAAGGCUCCGGGAAGGGCGCAGCAGCAGCUGGGGGACUGGCCUUCGCUGGAGGCUUAGUCGGGGGUCCUCUUGGCAUUGCAGUCGGUGGUGCUGUCGGAGGCCUUCUGGGCUGCUGGCUGACCAGUGGACAGUUCAAACCUUUGCCUCAGAUCAUCAUGGAGCUCAGUCCUCAGCAGCAGCAGAAGCUGUAUGAUGACCUCAUGGCCAUCCUGGGAGACAUUCAGUGGACAGAUGUGGCUCAGCUAACUGCUCUAGUGAUGGGAAACGUCUCCCUGAAGCAGCAGCUUACAGCCGCCCUUCUCGGAUACAUCACCAAGGAGCUGCAAGCGGAGGUACACUAUGUGGAUUAGUGUCUGCGGAAAAAUUGGGAUAACCUGACUUGGGGCGCACAUGCUCAGGAGGACGAAGUCCUUCAAAAGAAUGUGAGUGAUUUUAUGAAGCUGAAGAGACUCUCUAUCAAAUGUGAAGUCACAAAUUUUAGAAUUGCACAGGUGCCAUCACAUUUCUGCAAACAGGUUUCACUGGAUAAUGAGCUUAGAAAAAUAUUGUAAAGCCAGCUAUUAUGUAAAGUGCACUCAUUAUUUGAAGGAAUUAUUUAUUCGUGGUACGGAUAAACAUGGUUCAGCUGACUUUAAUAUUUAAAUGCAAAGAAGUAUACACUGAAUGAGGGCCAACUGUGCAAUUUAAAAUAUUUUGAAUUUUUUAAAGUUUAAGAGAAUACUUCAACAAAAAUGACCUUUUAUAUAUUUAUUAUUCAUACCUUGAAAUUGUGAAGAAAACUUAACUUAAGUAAUUGGGGGCUAUGUUUUAAUAACAGCAAAAAAAAAAAAAAGACCAAAAUGUUGUUUUACAAACACUUAGACAACUCAUGCAGUAUAAUUCAAGUCUCAAUGUUCAAGGUAAUGCAACAUAUUUGGGAAGCACUGAGCAGCAAGCAGGUGAGAAAAGCAAAGUUUUCUCGAUUAUUUCAAGGUAACAUGGCAUGAUGUAUUUAUGUAUAAAUGCUCAUUUUAUUUGUGAAGUAUUCCUCACAGAAUAUGAGUUUACCAGACU